AUGCUGAAGGCUGAUGAAGUGAGGAUAGAAGUGAAUGACUGGGUUAAGAAAAAGACAGAUGGGCUUGUCGAAAAUCUGAUCCCCGAAACAGGUGUAGAUGACACGACCAGGCUCCUGAUCGCCAAUGCUCUCUGCUUCAAAGGCAUUUGGAGUUCCCCGUUUGAAAGCUUCCGAACCAUAGAUGAAGAAUUUCAUCUUCUCAAUGGAAGCACCAUACAAGUGCCUUUCAUGAGAAGCGGAGAAGACCAGUUUAUCUCCUCUUAUGAUGGCUUCAAAGUCCUCAAAUUGCCUUAUAAAGGAAGCUACGAGGAUUGGAGGAGGUUCUCCAUGGUCAUAUUUCUCCCUCACAAGAAGGAUUUCUCCCUCACAAGACGGAUGGGCUAA